GCUUUGCGUUGAAGUCUUUCGUUUCAUACACAUAUACUGCUUUCUCAUUACUCUCCGGCGGUACUUUCGCUACUUCAGGAUUGCAUUUUUAAGCUCUCUGUUUCAUGUGUAUCAACGGUAGAAUACUUACAACAAAACAUACGGUGUAAGUACCUAAUGCCAUAUUGUUUAUGAUCGGAACAUCAUGCCUUCCGUUUGUCAACGCUUCUUUCUCGUCAUUUCCCGUUCUUUUGGAUGAAUGACUAACUAUAAAGAAAAAAAAUACAAGGGAAGUGGAAGCCCUUAUAAAUUUUCAUCACAUCCCGCGGGUAAAGAAACACGACACCCGGGACGAAAUCGCUGAACCGGGAAACGGCCAUCGGAGCAGUCGGAGAUGCGAUCAUAAUUCGUAAAGGGGGAAAUACACAGAGUACAACUUUUGAAAUUUAUUCUCUCUCGCUCUUCGGAAAUUGUAAGCACGUAAGUCUUUCGCUUAACGCGUUGCAUUGAGAGAGAGAGGACGCGUUCAGUUCGUGAGAGAAUCGAUUCGGGAGUUGGUUUAAGUGGUUUAGAGAGGUAGCGUUACGUUCAAACUUCCUCCCCGUAACGUAUUUCGCUCGGUAACGCGGCUAGGCGUUUAGUUCGACUUUACGUACGCCACCGUACAGACCGAAAACACGAAUCUCCGUAUAUACCGAGCACAGCACCAUCGUUCGCGCGCGUGCUUGCUCGUUUCGCGGUUUUUUAUUUGGUUUACAUUUUUUUUAAAUCUUUCGAGGACAAAACAACUUCGAGGACACGGGUCUCACUGAUUAGCUGUGUUGCACGUUUGCGACUAAUUAAUUGUGAACUGUUGCUGUACAGGACGCACGGCGUAUUCCCGUUUGUGUUACCGUUUUUGUUGUGUUUGGAGAGGAAAAUUUUAACCGAAAAAACAAAAUACAUCGACUUUUCCCCCAAAAUAAAAAGGGGGAAACAAACCGAAACAUAUACACACUUCACCACUAGUAGUAAUUCCCGUUUUGCCAGUAGUGCGGUCGGUGUUGUUUGCUAUUGUAUCUAAUUUAAAUUUUCGAUUGCGUGCCACAUUGAAAACCAGCAGCCCAGCGUAUAAUUUGUGAUUCGAACGCGUGUUUCACUUAAACGACACGUUUUUAGUUUUUGUCUAUCGGGGUGCAAGCUAUUUCACAGUAGCGGAGGAUAGUGGAUCCUCCACCGAUUUCACCUUGGUGCAGGCAGAAUGUGCUGAGCGUUUGAUUCGGGAUCGAAAUCGGAACGAAAACAUAAAACAGGCUGAAUUACAACCGUAGAGAAAGGUAUACGUGUAAUAAUAGUGAGUGUGCAGGGUGCAUCAUCGAAAGUUGCUAAUUGGUGUGCGAGUUUGCGAUUUUUGUUUUGUUUCGAUCUCUGAUGCUGUUGAGCUCUCUGUAGCCCUUUUUGGGGGCAGGUUUUAGUGCGCGUGCGCGAGUGUUCGUUUUACUUCGAGUUUUUGUGUGCACCGAAUGCCGGUGGAAAGUUAGUGCAUAAAGUGUUUUUCCACAACGAAGAAGUGCAUAUUAAGGUGAAGUGAGGAAGAAAACGUACAGAUACGACCGAACUAAGUUUUUCGAAUAUAAUAAACGAACUAAACGCUUACCAAUCAAUCGAAUAAUAGUGAACUUCCCUAAUUACCUGGGUGAAUCUGUUCUUGUGUCGUAUCUUCAAAGCUUUUGAGCUAAUCAACGAAAUCCAACGACGAAAUAGCACUGUGGUCUUGUUGAUUGUUUUCCAAAUCUUUUGGUGAAAGUGAAACCGAUGGUAUCAAGCUGGUACAAUUGCCCUCUUCGGUGGUCCUGCACGUGCUCUUUAGAGUGUUCAAGUCGGCAGAAAGACUGCAGAUCCCUACAUUAACUCCCCGGGGUCAAGUACGCCUGUGCGCUCACUCAGCACGUUCAUUAGCUCAGGGCAAAGUUUGACGAACUUCCGGCGUGUUUGUGGGCACCCCUGACGAUACAUACAAAAACCGCGCAUUGGCGACUCUACAGGGACCGCCCUAGUGCGGGACAUCCGCUCCAAUCCCUGCAGACCUGGAGAAGCUACAUCACCAAAAAUCAUGCUCGACUCCGAGCUGUACCCACGCGGCGGGGACACUCAUCAGCACGGACAUCAUCAUCAUCAUCACCAUCAUCACCAUCAUUACAAGUCACCACACCACCGACAUUACCACUCGCCCUCACCGCACCACCACCAUCAAGGGGUGGAGCGGGAACGAAAGUCAAGAUCGUCACCCCGUCAUCACCACCUUCAGCAGAGCGAUGGCGAGAAACUGAAGUACCAGAACGCGUUCGGCGGUUCGGUGGGAAAUAUUGGUGGCUCAUCGUCGUCGGAGAAAUAUCACAAAUACUUCCCGCACCAUUUACUGUCGGGUGGUAGCGGUACCGGCGGCAGUGGUGGCUACUUCGAUCUGAGUGACAAACUGGACAGUCUGAAUUUAGGCGGAAGCCGUGGUUCGGAAAAGAGCAGUCUCAUUAGCGGUAGUGGAAGCAGUGCGCUUAGUGGUGGAGGCGAUAGUAACAAUAAUCAUCAACAUCACACGUCCGGUUCGGCCAGUAUCCUAAGCGAUACAACAGCGGCUGGAAGUGGUAGCAAUGCGAGUGGAGGAAGCAGUAAGAAGCGCACGAUAGUACUCGUGGGUGACGGAAGAAGCCGAGUGAGGCGAGUUGUAAGGACACAAACGCGACAGAUCACUGUGGUGAGCUACUCGGGAAGGAAAAAGGAAACGGAAACGCACACCAGCCAUCACGCGACUAUUGUCAGUUUUCCACAAAAAAUCGAUCGCCCGGCGCAGAUCUACUCCACACAUCACCAUCAUCCGAGCAGUGGUGGCAGUGUUGCCAGCAACAAUGGUUUGCUCGCUAGCGGUGGCAGCAGUAGCCUCGGUAGCAGCAGCCUGUGUGGAGUCGGACCCGGUGGAGGAUCGUACGUCUACGUGCACCAGCAGCAGCCCCAACCGAACCACCAACAAUCAACGCAGCACUAUGUGUCCCCGCAGCAGCUUACCUACCAUCUGCAUUCGGCGGCUGGUGGUGGCAACACCACCGGCAACGGAUACCAUCACCAUGGAUCGCACCAGAACAUCGCUACGCCCACCCUGCACAAGAAGGGCUCCAUCCGCAGCAAUGGCGAUGUGCUCAAGCGAACACGUGUGCAAAAUGCGUAUGAACUGUCGCAGGAUCUGCUGGACAAGCAGAUCGAACUGUUGGAGCGCAAGUACGGUGGAGUGAAGGCACGCACCGCAGCCCUUACAAUUCAGCGCGCCUUCCGCCACUACACGAUGGUGAAGAAGUUCGCCUCGAUCACUGCUAUGGCUAAGGCGGAGAAACGCAUGAGCCGUAGGGUUCAGCAACAGCAACAACAGCAGCAGAGCGAGCUAGACAUGAUGCAUCACCAUCCGCAUCCACACCACCUUCAGCCGGCCCUGGAGGAUGGUCAGAUUUACGCCACCGAGGAUGGUACCAUGGUCGGUCAGCAGCGAGUCUGUGCAACUAUCUCAGCAACACCGCCAGGAACGCUACACCAUCGUGUGACACCGGUCCGCUCGAUGUCGCUGCGAGAACGUCGACUUGAUUCGAGCCCUAUCCCACGCAGUCAGUCCGGUACCGCAUCACCCGCUCCCGUCCCGAUCACCUCUUGGAGCCAAAGCCCUACCCAACUAGUAACGGGUGCCUCUACGCAACAGCAGCAACAGCAGCAGCAGCAACAGCAGUACUCCCAUCCACAUGUAAAUAUUCUGCACCAGCAACAAGCGCAGCUAGCUGGGUACGGUUACACACCGGCCGUAUCUGCCCCGUCGCAUGCGGUGAUGCAUCAUCACCAGCACCAGCAACAACAGCAGCAGUACCAAAGCCAGUAUGGUUCGCAGGAUUUGAAUGUGAGUGGAGCUAGCAGUAGCUCGCAGCUCGAUUCAACCGUAUCUUCCAUGAAUCUGUCCUGGAACUCGCAGACGGCCAGCACACACCAAAGCCCGUACACGCCACACUACACUGCAGCACAGAUCUAUAUGCGCCCGCGUGGUAUCGGGAUCGGUAGCUCCGGUGGCAGCAGUGGAAGUACGUCGAGCGCUAGCGGACGCAAGGUACCGCCGGAAGUGCCUAAACGCACCAGCAGUAUCACGGGCCCUGGAGGCCAACAUACGCCGAGCCGUUCGCUGCGUCCGAACGGUCUCUGCAAGACGGCCGAGAACGGUAGUCUCAGUUCCGUGCAAUCAUCCGGUAGUGAUUCAUCUGCCUCCGCUGAACGCGGUCUCGGAGGUGUCGGUAUCGAGUUGAUGGGAUCAUCCGACCGAUCCAGUUCACCGCAGUGGAAACGAAAGGGUCCCGGAAGCAGCCAGAGUGGCAGUAUUACGCUGCUGCCCGCACAGUCGCCCGAUCACAUGCUAAUGAGCGCGAGUGCUGGUGAUGCGGCCGGUGGAGCGGCUGGACGUUCGAUUCACUCGACGGUGGCGACUGCUACUGCUGCAACAGCGACGGCUGUUAGUGGUGCUGGCAGUGCUAACGUCACGAUCGCCAGCAUCGAAAGUGAGUGCUUGAGCUCGCACACGAGUGCCGCACAGUACUCGAUGGAACAGCAUGAUCAGAUCGUACACACGCCGACAUCGUACAAGGUGUCGGAAACGAUCCGCAAGCGCCAGUACCGCGUUGGGUUGAAUCUGUUCAACAAGAAACCCGAGCGAGGCAUUACAUACCUAAUCCGCAAGGGAUUUCUUGAGAAUACACCCCAAGGUGUGGCACGGUUUUUGAUCUCUCGCAAGGGUUUGUCGCGGCAGAUGAUCGGCGAGUACCUGGGCAACCUGCAAAACCCGUUCAACAUGGCCGUGCUGGACUGCUUUGCCGGCGAGCUGGAUCUGUCCGGCAUGCAGGUCGAUGUGGCGUUGCGGAAGUUCCAGGGCUACUUCCGCAUGCCGGGUGAGGCGCAAAAGAUCGAACGGUUGAUGGAGGUGUUCUCGGCGCGGUACUGUCAGUGCAACAGUGACAUUGUCGCGCGGCUCCGUUCGCACGAUACCGUGUUUGUGCUGGCGUUCGCUAUCAUCAUGCUCAAUACGGAUCUUCACACGCCGAACCUGAAACCGGAGCGUCGCAUGCGGUGUGAUGAUUUCGUGAAGAACCUGCGCGGCAUUGACGAUUGUCACGAUAUCGAUCGGGAUAUGCUGAACGGUAUCUAUGAGCGGGUGAAGGCGAACGAGUUCAAACCCGGUUCGGAUCAUGUUACGCAGGUGAUGAAGGUGCAGGCGACGAUCGUGGGCAAGAAGCCGAAUCUGGCGUUACCGCACCGGCGGCUGGUAUGCUAUUGCCGGCUGUACGAGAUUCCGGACAUAAACAAGAAGGAGCGACCGGGUGUGCACCAGCGCGAGGUGUUUCUGUUUAACGAUUUGCUCGUCAUUACGAAGAUCUUCAGCAAGAAGAAGUCUUCGGUCACAUACACGUUCCGAAACAGUUACACACUGUGCGGAAUGGUCGUUACGCUGCUAGAUGUUCCAAACUAUCAAUUCUGCAUUCGGCUCUCGCAGAAGGUGGACGGAAAGGUGCUGGUAACGUUCAACGCACGCAACGAGCACGAUCGUUGCAAGUUUGCCGAGGAUCUGCGCGAAUCUAUAAGCGAGAUGGACGAGAUGGAAACGCUUCGUAUCGAGGCGGAACUGGAGCGCCAGAAGUCGGCCCGCGGUACCCGGACCAACAACAGUGAAAAUCGCGACAGUGGCGUUGCGGAUGUGGAAGUGUGCGCCGGUUCAUAUCCGGCCGGUGUCGGUGGUCUAGUGCCGGGCGGUGUUGGCGGUGUGUCACCGAACGAGUGUGGUCUCGCGCACAGUGACGCCCAGCUGAAACGUAGCGCGCUCAGCAACUCGUUACUCGAUAUGCACGAGCAAUUUGGCAAUGAUAAGCCGCAACGGCGCGGCAGCGUCGGCUCAUUAGAUAGUGGAAUGUCGAUAUCAUUUCAAUCCACCUCUGCAAGCACUGGCUCACGUAGCGAUAUCAAAGUACGAAUGCUGCCUCACAGCAACACCUCCGGUCAGAUAAUUAUGCAUGCCGGACAGCAUCCCGCUGCCCUUAUGGGUGCCAUCUAUCAUCAGCAAAUUCAUCACCAUCAACAGCACCAGCAGCAGCAGCAGCAACAGGCUAUGGGUACGGCACAUCAUCAUCCAGCGGUCGGCAGCAACACCACUGGAGGAGGAGUGAUCGUUUCGGUGGGUCCACCGGGAUCCUCCCAACAGCAUCACCUUCAUCAUCCCCCUGGUGGGCUACAUAUGAUGGCAGCAUCAGCAGCAGCACAACCGCCACCAGUGCAGGCGAUGAACAACGGUAUGGUGAUGGCCGGUACGAGCACUACCACUAUCAACCCGAACAGCAGCAGCAGCACCACCAACAGCAGCAGUGGAGCUAUCCACCGACGCGAGCGGAAACCCUCCCGUACAGAAGAUGCCGCUACGGUAGCAGCACUGGCCCUGGCAGCCAGUGCGGGAGCCUCUAGCGCCAUGAACGCCUCCAGCAGCAGCAGCACCACCACCACCAACGCCAACAACAGCAACAACACGGCAUCGGGAGGGAACUACGGCCGCUCAACGGAGGUGUAAGCGGUUGGAAACAGCAACCGAUGGAGAAAGCUCAUCUCCCAAUACAAUCACACACGGCAAGGAUCAUCACCACCACUACCAUCACGAGCACUGCUAUGAUCGACAUUAGUUAACACACGAUCGAAUUAUUGUGGAUCAUGAUGUAGCUUUCGUUUUUUUUUCGUUUUUAUAUUACUUCCCGCAUAUGUACAUAUUAGACACUUAGUCGAUGGGAAAGUUAGUUUUCUUUUGUUUUGCUCGUAUGUGUGUACGAUGAACGUACACACCACCAUUUGUUAAAUAGUAGCGAUUAUGCUUAGAUUAUUAGGUGAUUAUUUUAGCAGGCAAUCACACUCAUGUUUUUUUUUUCUUACACACUAAACAUACACCAGGAAACUUGGUUAGGAAGAGAAAAAAAAGGUUUAAAGUUAGUUUUUUUUCGUUUGUUUUGUAAUUUAAGUAUUUAACUCUUCUGUUUCUGUUUCCACGUGUUAAAUCUCGUGCUCUGGUGGUGGUGUGGUAGAUGACCAUGCCGAUGUAGUGUGUGUGUGUGCAUGUUUAAACAUUUUGGCUCCAAUUUUCCACCUUGGCAUCUCAUUUUUGCCCUCUCCACCAGUUCUAGUUCCUUUUAGAUUGUAUAGUCGCGUGAUCGAGACCAGGAAAGAGGGGGAUAUGCGUCACUAAAAGGCAGAUUGUCUUUCUUUCAAGGAAACAAACAAUACAUACGGAAAGAAGAUAGAAAGAGAAGAGAGUUACUAAAUCACAAUUGCUUCCCAUUUCCCACACUUUCACCCUCCCCCUCUCCCCCAUUGUUCCACGUUCUGUAUGCGUGUUUGUUCGUUCGUUUCAAUGUAUGUAUGUUUGUUAAUAACAACCAAAAGGGUAGUAGUAACAACAACAAAUGCAGGAAAGAUGAAAACACAUUUUUCUUCACACAUUCAAGGAACUCUCAUCGUUUCAGCAAAGAAAAAAAGAACCCCGAGUAAUAGCUAUUUCCCUGCUACCUUACAUUGCUGCUUUUCUUACAUUGUAACUCAUCACACACUUACCAUCCAAACAUAAAUAGCUUAUCAAUUUAAACAUUAAAAAGCAAAAAAAGUAGAGAGAGAGAACAAGUGAGAAUGAAGCCUUCUAAUGUCUCUCCGUUUUCCGGUGCCAUUUUGUUGUUUAGAAGGUGAUCUGUUUCGAGGAAGAGCUGGUAGAGAUCGUGGGCGCAGGUAGGCGCUUUCUCUACUCCGAUUCAUUCACGAUCAUCUGCAAGAAGCUUUCAUUUUCUAUUAACACACAUUAACGAAACAAAGGAACUCCCCAAAUUAGAAAAAGAAAUCAAAACGUUGCUCUACGACGGAUAUUUAAUUUACAAGCAAGAGACAGAGGCGUAACAAUGGUAAAACAAUAGUAAGGAAGUAAAGAUAUGGUGUGUAACAUGGGGAAGAGAAAACCUUUUGCCGAGUGUUUUGGGAUGGAGAGAGGAAUGCCUAAGGAAGAAUAAUGGUAGCUAGUGAGUGAAGAAGAAGAUCCAUCCCCACUUUUGUCAACUCCCACGUGUAAUUUGUGUAUUAUAUACCCGCUAUACAUAUACUUAUAUACUUCUAUGAUAUAUUACAAAGCAGCUCGAUAAGAAGAUUAUCGUCUCCGCUCGCUUUCCUCCCCCCGCAUCACCCCAUUAAUAUUGUUGGGUUGGUGAAGGGAGUGAAAGGUAAUGAGAUGAUGGUUCAGGUGAUGUUGUCUAGUUUGCUAUCUGUUCUUCUACCACACUGUAUCAUCACCAUACCCUGGCGCUAGAGACAUCUCACCGGACGAGAGAAGACGCCUUGGGGGAAAAGAAAAGCAGUUGUGAUGUAUGUAUGUGUGCGUAAGUAUGAAAACGUACGACCAAUUGACGCAAGGUAAUUGAUUGACCAAAAAAAGGAAGAUAAGAAGCUAAAUCGCAAAACAAGAUAAAGGAAACAAAAAUACACACAGAUAAGAUAUAAGAGACGAAACGUAAGAAAAACACAUAACAAAAAAGGAUAAGAAAAUUAGUGUUACAUGAAACGAAAGGAAAAAAGGAAUAAGUUGGAUGUGUGGGUGAAUGAAAACGAAACGAUGAAUGAAUUGAAGGAAGAGAGAAAAAUAUACAAGUAAUCUAGUCCUGUUUCAAAUAUAUAUUUAAACGGUAAACGAAAUAAUUAAUAAAACUCAAUGCUAAGGGAAAAAAACAGUACGAUACACAACCAAACAAUACACGAUUAAUAAGAUAAUAAAACCAAACACACGUUUAAAGGAGGUGUGCUGGUGUGCUGGUGUGCGUGUGUGUACACCGAAACCAACAAAGAUAUAAGAAAGGCCAACCAGCCAGCGGGUUCGUUCGGUUUGUCCUUUUAUCAAAGCCUGUAUAAAUAAACGAAAUAACAAGAAAGUUUGUCCGUUUCCGUCAUGAUAGAAAUACCACAGAAACCAACACAAAAAUGUAAGGUGUAAAGUUGUUCAAUUUCUCCCUUAAACACAUGGCCAACCGCUGUGCAGCAAUAAAUGUUUGUCCCCCACAAACACACACUCACUCACAAAACAACCAGCAGCGUAAAGAAAUAAAUGAAAUACAGCAAAAUAAUUGUAAACAAA